AUGCGACGGUCAGAUUCUCCGGAACGGCCGGUGGCCGUCGUCAAGGUCGAAGAUGAGGGCCCGUGCGCACAACCGCCUGCUCCUCCGGCCCACGGCCAGCACCUCCCAAAGCCCCUCAUCGAGCGAAUGUGCGCCGAGGCCGGCGAACCGCUGCCGGACCCUCACCACGAUGACAUAGCCGGCUGCGAGCCGUCCAAGCGGUCUCGCCCGGACGAGCUCGGCUUCCGCGAGGCAGAGCAGAAACGGCCGCGAGGCGACGUGGGGGCCGCGCCGCGUCCUCCGCCCCCGCCCCACGCCCCACAGCGGGUCCUGCGGCUCGGCGACCAGCCUGUGUCGCACGUCCGGCCCCUGGGCCGCGGCUUCAUUGACAUCUGCCAAGCUGACCUUCAGGCUGUGGCUCGCGGUGACAAGGACUUCGACACCGUGCAACAAACGAUCGAGGCGUGGUACCGCACGCGCGGCUUCGUCACGGUCGAGCACCUCGUCGCGGGCAUCCGCGCCCGCACCGACGGCAUGCUCCCGUCCCGCUUCGCCCCCGCGGCCCUCGAGACACCCCUCCUGACAGCGCUGCAGAGCAACGUCACGCUGCGCCACCUCGGACAGGUGCCGGCGCGGACGGCCACGUGGUUGCGCGAGCGCUGCGAGCGCCUCAACGAGGGCGGCUGGGAGUACGCCACGCGCCUGGCGUUCGCAGUGUGCGGGGCGGAGCCGCAGGCGCUACACAUGCUGCUGCGCGCGGCGCGGGCGGCGGGGGCGCCGCGGGGCGAGGUCGAGACUUGGGCUGCGCUGCUGAUGGGCGCCGCGCUGAGCAGGACGUGGAGGGUGCCGGGCGGCGCGGCGAUGGCGGACGCGUGCGCGCAGGGCCCGUUAUACCUUGACGUCGACGAGCACCGCAGCACCGUGACCGGCGUCGCGAAGAAGCCGACGCGGGAGCAGGGUGCGGUGGCUGGCUUCCAAUGGGACAGGGAGGGCCCGCGGGUCCUGCUGGUGCCGUCGGGCGCCGGGACGGGCAAAACGUUCACGAUUGAGCGGCGGUGUUUGGCGGUCGCGGAGAGGGGGAGGGACUUCUUGUACCUCGCGUUCAACAGGCGCGUGUGCGCGGAGGCGCGGCGGCGGCUCCGCGGGCCCGCGCUGAGCGAGGAGGCCGCGAACGAGCGCGUGCGCACGCUUCACAGCAUUGCCUUCGUAGCGAUGGUGGUGGGGGAGCGUCCGGACGCGAAGCGCGAGCGGGGCCCGGACGGUAAGGCGAUGGUCAGAGACGGGCUGAGUCUAGCCGACGUGGCGAAGGUGCUGAGGAAGUGCGGGCUGGACCCCGAGGAGCGAAAGUGGGGCGUUACGGUGUGUGGGAUGGUCCGGGACACCCUGAAGCGGUUCACGGCGAGCGCCGACCAGUCCGUCGCGCCGCGCCACCUGUCGAGGGAGACGCUCGCGAGCGUCAAGGACUUGCCGAAGCACAUCACGGAAGAAUACGUGCUGCGGUGCGCGCGGAAGGUGUGGAAGUCCGUCGCGGACGCCAACGACACGGACACCGCCAUUUGGCACGACGGCUACAUGAAGCUGUUUCAGCUCGCCCUGUGCUCCGACGACGCGCGGGCCUCCCUGCACAGGGUGCCGCGGGCGACCGAGCUCAUCGUCGACGAGGGGCAAGACCUCAGCGGGUGCCAGCGGGACAGUGCCAUGAGGCUGCUGUGGUGCGGCUAUUUCCAGCGCGCCGUCGUCGUGGGGGACCCCGCGCAGGCAAUCUACAGCUGGCGCGGCGCCGUGGACACGCUCGGCCACAUCAAGCGCGCCUCGCCGGGCAAUCUCGCUGAGAGGAGGCUGUCACAGGUGUACCGCUUCGGGCCGUCGAUCGCGGCCGUUGCCAACAGCAUCCUCGCGAUGAACGACUACGGCGUCGGCACCCGCCUGAUCGGGGCAUCUGCGACGGGCGACGUCUGGCGCAGCAGGCUGCCGCCCAUCCGGGGCGACGCCGCGGGGUACCUCGGCAGCUUCCUCGAGGCGCAGCGCAGCGGCACCCCGGAGACCAACGAGUCUCUCACGGUCCUGUGCUACACGUGGAACGGUUUGCUGGUUGUCGCGAUGAUGGCGGCGGACGCCCGCGUGCCCUUCGCGAGGGCGCUGCGUGAGGGCAGGCGGGGCAGCCUGGCGAAGCUGACGCAGCAGGCCGAGCUAAUGCGCGACGUGGUGCGCCUGCUGCGCGCGGCGGAGGUUGGCCAAAGUGACGUCAGGCACACAGCGCUCGAGUCCUCCGCGGAGCCCAUCAGGGACAUUCGGAGCAGGAUGAAGGACGGUCAGGCUCCCAUGAGCGCUCAGGAGGCGAUCGGGUUCCUCGAAGGCCACGAUGCAAACCACCAGCUUCCCGUGUCUGAGUGUCGGGCGGCGCUGGAGGCCGGGCACUUCCCCGGAUGCAAGGGCACGCCGGAGGCCUCCCUGGACGCGGUCCUGCGCGCCAUCGACGAGUCCGGGCGCGAGAGAGACGACGGCGCGCUGCUCUUCCUUGACACGAUUCACCAAUCAAAGGGCAACGAGUUCUCGAUAGUUUUGGUCCACGACGACGGACGCCUGCUCGACCUCGACACCGUCCGGGACGUCCUCGGCCUGCCCCGGUGGUGCCGCGUCGGCGCUGACGGGCAAUGCAACCUGGCGUAUGUCGCAGCCACGCGCCCCAUGAAGCUCCUGAUUCUGCCUGACGUACUCGUGAAGGUCCUCGACGGCCUCGGCCCCGUGAACGUAUGCAACGCUAUGGCCAAGCGCCUGGUGGUACGAGACAGGGAUGACCUCCUCGUUACCGGCGCUCCCCCCCAAUGCAUGCUCUGCGACGCCCCCUGGUCCGAUCACGUCAGCCCUGUCUGUCAGGACCCCAGCAGCGCGUGGAACCGCGACCCCAGCGCUCGCGUCGCGUGCGUGCGCUCGCCACCGUCCGCGAUGCUGCACUACAAGCGCCCCCGCUCCGACGCGGACGGCUCGAGUCAGGCGUCGUGCUCGAUCGCCGGGGUGGUCUGCGGCACGUGCUCGCUCGUUGCCGUUCUCGCGAGCAGGGCGCCGGUGCCCCCGCACCAGACCUCCGAUUCUCCCGCGGUGCUGUGCGACGGCGCCGCUGCAGCCCUGCGCCAGCACUGGUCGCAGCACCUGGCGGGGCCCAACCCCGCCGUUGACGACGCCGUCCGCAUGCUCGGUCUCGAGGACGACGCGGCUUUAGAAUGCGCUAUCGCUGCAGCCGCGCGGUGCUUGUACCCCCCGGGCGCGGCGCCUGUGGUCAGCACUGCCGUUCAAGCAGAUGUCCAGGAGGCAGCCGUAGCUGCGGGCGAGCAUGCGGCGGCGUAG